CUACGUCAUGGAAAGCCAGUCUUUUCAAUGCAAACUUCAACUCCUCCUCCUCCCUCUAAUGCCUGUAACUCACAGCCAAGGCUGGGCGAGGAAUACGGAGGAGAGAUUUUCCUCAUGCUCACGGUGCCUGGAGACUGGAAGGAAGAGUGUAAGGAAGGAGGAAGGAAAUUUGUGGCGCUUCUACCUACUACGAGACUGACAAGGGGAGGGGGCAUCUUCUCUUCGUGAUUAAGAACUGCAGUUUCAGUCCGAUCCCACGGAGCUCUGGUGAUUGCUUAUUUUUCAAAAAAAAUUGACCGCGGGAGAAAGAAGGCUCAGUCUUUGGCGGCCAGACCAAUCUAGGAGGUGGUAUUGGUGUAUGAGUGUGUGUGGUGGUGUUUUGUUUUUUUUUCUUUCUUUCUUUCUUUCUUUUUUCCUCCCCCCCCCCCUUUUUUCCCUUCUCUCCUAGGGGCUACACAAUGGCAGUCUUCUCUCGCUAAGAUGAAGCCGGUUUGCCUUCUGCAGAUCCGCCCAUCCUCAGUUCCAUUGAGUAAAAGGCUAUGAUUUUCUCUUUGGGGAUCUUUUGUGCAUUCCUGUUCUUCCUGAUUAGUUCUGGUCUCGGUUGGGAUUUCUUUGCUUUUUUUGGUUUGGCUUCAUGUGAAAAAGGAUUUUUUUCUCUCCAACCCUUUGGUCAUGAUCCAGUGGUGAUCAAGAGGGAAUAAAUCAUUCACCCUGGCCGAGAAAAAACAAUCGCUGAGAAGUCUCAAAGAGAUAUACCACGUGAGGGGAAAAAACUGGGAGAAGAUUCGGAAUAUUAACGUUUUUCCUAUGGUAAAACCGGUGCCCCUCUUCAGGAGAACUGAUUUCAAGUUAUUAUUAUGCAACCACAAGGGCCUCUUCUUUCUCAGGGUGUCUAAGCUGCUGGGUUGCUUUUCGCCCAAAUCAAUGUGGUUUCUUUGGAACAUUUUCAGCAAAGGAACGCAUAUGCUGCAGUGUCUUUGUGGCAAGAGUCUUAAGAAAAACAAGAACCCAACUGAUCCCCAGCUCAAGGGCAUAGUGACCAGGUUAUAUUGCAGGCAAGGCUACUACUUGCAGAUGCACCCCGAUGGAGCUCUCGAUGGAACCAAGGAUGACAGCACCAAUUCCACACUGUUCAACCUCAUCCCAGUGGGACUGCGUGUCGUUGCCAUCCAGGGAGUGAAGACAGGGUUGUACAUAGCCAUGAAUGGAGAAGGUUACCUCUACCCAUCAGAACUUUUUACCCCUGAAUGCAAGUUUAAAGAGUCUGUUUUUGAAAACUAUUAUGUAAUCUACUCAUCCAUGCUGUACAGGCAACAGGAAUCUGGCAGAGCCUGGUUUUUGGGAUUAAAUAAGGAAGGGCAAGUUAUGAAAGGGAACAGAGUAAAGAAAACCAAACCAGCAGCUCAUUUUCUACCCAAGCCAUUGGAAGUUGCCAUGUACCGAGAACCAUCUUUGCAUGAUGUUGGAGAAACGGUUCCAAAAGCUGGGGUGACGCCAAGCAAAAGUACAAGUGCAUCUGCAAUAAUGAAUGGAGGCAAACCAGUCAACAAGUGCAAGACCACAUAGCCAGAUCCUCAGGUGUCCUGACUCACUUGUCCAGAGCACAGUGGAGCGAUUUAUCCUUACUAGACAUUCCUGCUCCUGUGGUUGAAGAGCCCCAGCAAGCAAGCUGAUGCUUGUGCUAUGCUCUCUCAGACCUCCUUCGUUGCAAGUGGAUAAAUCUCAACCUGUGGUCCCCCCACACCAAGAAGACACCAGGACAAACCAGCUAAACUCAGACCAUGGAAUGCCCUACCAGAUAUGGAAUGCCUUUUUAAUAUCUUUUCUGUGACUGUGACACUUCAUGUGAAUGACAUACUUCACAAGUACACUCAAUACCUUGCCUGCUGACAGCUACCCAUAAUCCUUUUUGAGUCCUGUUUCAGCGAAAUCCAUGUGUUUAAGUUCAAUUUUGUAGCACACAAAUAAUAUUGAGUAAUUUCUAGUUAGAUGCUGUAAACCUGUGCUAUCAUGGAUUUCUAUUCUUCCCAUUUUUACAGGGCUGCUUGCUCCACUGUCUGUGACCUUUAGCAGGAUUGUGUUCCUCUGAAUCUUCAGUGUUGCAGUUGGUUUAGUUUAGAGACCAAUCAGGGAAUCAGGAAGCCUUCUAAACCUAUUAAUACAAAUUGUAUCUAUAAAGAUUAAGGUUGUCUUUGGCUCACAUUACCGAUUAAACACACAUAUAUGCUCUAUCCAGUAGGAGACACUAUGCUCCCAAGGUGGACAUGCCUGGGUGGAGCAAGGGUCAAACACAAUCCGUGGGAAGCUCUCUAUGAUAGGUGUUUGGCACCCCCUCUAAGUUUCUUUCUGUGUGUAUGUGUGUGUGUGUUUUAUACAUAUCACAAGCUUACUGGUGAUGGUAACAUUUGCCUUGCCCAGCGAGCAAGACCCACUUGGUUUUUGAGAAAGUGGGUCCAAAGAAUUUUGUAGGCCUUGUAGGCCUGAUUAAGGUUCAUUUUUUUCAUCUACUAAUCCUGGUUAUUGGGAAAAAGGAAAAAUAAAAAAAAAAACAAAUCAUCACAACCUAUAAGAAAUAUGCUACCUAAAUCCAUUUCCCACCCACUCCUUCCUGUUUUUAAUGAAGAUAACUCAAUGCUGCCCCUGAUUUGGGCUGCAUUCCAGUUAUCCUCAGUAGAGCAUGGGCAAGGCGGCUGUUGUGUUCUUUCUACAGCAGCAAUGCACACGUUAGUAUACAUUAGAGUUUAAUAUUUUUGGUGUUUAAUUAUAAGUUUUUAAACUGGACAUACUAAGGAAAAUUCCUUUUUUUCCAGCUUAGCAUCCUGGGUCUGGUACUGUGUGUCACCAGUGCACACCUCUAACUCAGCUCUGUGGGGUCCAACAGGCUGGGUUUGAGGUGACUUGCCAAGAUAUCAGAAUGUGGUCUGUUGAGUACCAUAGAUAAAACUAAAGGUAAACCAACACACUCAAGCAUUGGGGUUUGGGCCAUUAAUUGAUUUGAUUUUGUUUUCUUUUGCUUUUGUAAUUUCAUUUUGAAUUGAAUUUUGUUGAACUCUAAGAAAGGCUGUGAAUUGAUGGAGACACAGUUUGAAGACUCCAUACAAAAUACUCAAUAUCGGAUAUAAAGAGCUUCAAAAUGUUUAAUACUGAACUGUUUGAAAGUAUAUUUGUUAACUGUGUGUACACAAUAAAAUUCCAUGUUUUCUUCUCAGAAAAGCUCAUUGAGACCAAACUGAACCUCUUUUAUAGAAAACAAUCUAUGUGGGAUCAAUGUACUGGCCUCUUGUUAUUAUUUCCAUGUGGCAGAAUGACCUAGAUGCCAUUUGCCCCCAUCUGCACUGUGCUUACUGGGAAAUUAUUUUCUCAUUGAUUUCAUGAAUCUCCAUGACAGCCCUUGCUCAACAUAGAAAAAUUUUGGCCUGCUUAGCUGAUUAAAGAUUCAGUAUAAAUUUAACUGUUUAUGCUUAUUUCAUUUUCAUAUUGGAUUCAAUUUUAAUAAACAACCAUUAGCAUAAUGUUUGAGUAGAUUUAUUGUCAAUAAUGCUAAAUUGCAAAUACAAAAAAAAAUGACUCCUUUGACCACUAUUGAUUUGGUGUUAUGCAUAAUUAGACAAAACCCAUUAACUGAUUAUUUAGGGAAGACAUACAUACCAUAAUAUGUGGUAAAGUGUGAAUAACUUGUAAUUCCUAUUUAUUAGUUGGCCUUAUAGACACAGGUUAUACCCAUCCACAUGUACACACCCCCUAACCUAGCCUACCUUUCUGGUUUUGGUAAUCAACAUUACUUGAGAUUUCUGUUCUCAAGACCUGGCUAGUGCUUAAAAUUAAGGCAAGAUUUAUAUUUGUAAAUGAUUGAAAUUUAUGUUAUUGCUUCCCUCUGUUUUGUUUUCCAAGAGUUGUCAGUUGUCCAUGAGAGAAUGUAUUAUUGUAAGUUGAUAUCCAAGUGGCUUCUUCUAAUACAUGUUUAGAUAUAUCACAGAGGGGUCCUUGUUAUAUUCUUGAUUUAGUUAGGCCAUUUCCUUUGUGUCUGGUCUCACUUGUUGCAUGGGAAGAGGAAAGCAUCAAAUGAACUGCAUGUACUAGGACCCAUGUAUCCAGAAGCACUGGUAUGUAUUUUUUGAUUUAUAUACAGAGAGCUUGUCUGUAUUGUACAAUUUGUGUUUCUUACCAUUUGUUGUAUUUACAGAUACAACAUAUCAAAUAAAAUACUCAUAUGAAAGCAUAUGGAAACCAUCAAAUAACUUUAUGUAACAAAAUGGCAUUGUAUCACCCCAAAUAUAGAGAACUCUCUGUAAAUAAGAUGAUAAACUCAGUUUUCCCCUUUACCAUGCCAAAGAAAAUUUUAGCUCUCUGAUGAUACCUCUCUUGCUAAUUUUCUGGAAUAAGAUCAUCAUUCCUUCCCUCAGAAAUUAAGUUUGCUAUUAUUAAGUACAAUCUGUCAUCACUGAUGUUCUGUAUAGUAAAUCUGAUGGAACACAUUUGUAUUUAUAGACUGUGUGUUUUAUAUCUCCCUGUAUGUAUAUCCAUUGUAUCAUGUCUCUAGAAGACCCAUUCCUUCUGCAUGCAUAUCUGGUGGGGGAGAGAUAGUUCUACCACCUUGUUAUGGUAGCUGAUUGCUUUGCCUAUCCAUCAAUCGUGCUCAUUAAUAUUAGUCCUUUACAUAAUUCAAGUGACACAAUUUUUGUUUCCAAUAAGUUUACUUCCUGAAAUUUCUUAUUAUUUUCCCAGGAAAUAAUUAUGGAAGACACUCAAACAGUCUGUCCUGUGUGAAGAGUAAAAGGGAAUUGGGAACACUUUAUGUAUUUUGGAGAAUUUGAAAUCUUGUUUUAAGUGUUUGCUUGUCCUGGGUGCUUUGCGGGUGAGGACUAGCUUCAUAAACGAUCCCACGACUUUUGCUCUAGUCUUUCUAAUUAUUGACUUUCUAGCAAGUAAGCAGAAUGUAUCAUACAUAACCACUUAAUUAAUUAUUAAACUACUAAACCAUCUUUUUUUUUUUCUCCCUAGAGUGACCAAUAUCAGAUUUGGUACUUUAAGCAAAAACUAAAACAACAAAAAGUCCUUUGUUGCUCCUUAAAGUGAAUAUGUAUUAUUUUGUUAAAAAGUUCUUCCAAAUAUUUCAAGGAUAAUAGAUGUUUGAUAUCCCUCAAAGAAGGAAUGUGAGACUAGAGUAGUCAAGUUUCAAUUUAGAAUAAACUUAAAAUAGUGAGAAAUGACUUUGAUUUUAUUUUAGGAAACAGCUAUAUCAUAGGGAAACAAUUAGGCUAAAUGCCCAAUUAUUUUCUGAAGUAUAAACUUAGUCAAAUCCAGAAUGUAAAUUGUGUUGUUCUAAAAUAAAGGACAUAGGUAGUUAAGGGUUUGGCUUAAAAAGUGACACACAGUGCUAUGUGAGUAUCUAGAAUACUGUGUCAGUUUCAAAGUUGUGACAGUUGAGUUUGCAAAUUAAGACUGUGUUGUAUUUUUGUUUCCCUUUGUUUGUGGUUCUCAUUCAGUCUAAUUCUGAUAUCUCCUGGUGAGGUUGAGUUUGUACUUGAGCUGAUAGAGGUAAGUCAUUCCUUCCCUGGUGCUGCUGGAAUCCAAAUGAAUUCAGGAUUCCUUAAAGGCAGUAGGAACAAUGGUUCUCUUCAUAUCUUGAGGACUUUUGUUGACUUUUAUAACUCCCCUGGAGGGAUCUUCAAUCAUGGUUUGUUAAACAAGUAGGGUGAGGAUCAUCACCACUGGUGAACUUAAUGCCAACCUUUCAAUUAUCAUGGGUCCCAGUGUAAUUUUUGAAAGCCAGAAGCAAGCCAAAGAGAUUUGCUUAUUUUCUCCUAUUCAUUACAAAUUUGUCCUUGCUCAGCACUUUCAAUGAGGUAGUUUCUAUUUUGGAUUCAAAGUAUAGAAUCGUAUUUAGGUAGGGGAUAGAUUAUGUCUUUGCCUGUCACUAUUUUUUUUAUUUUUGUUUUUAAACAAAAGUGUGUGGAAUUUUCACACACAUAUUUAUAUACUGAUGUUGGCAUGACAAGAGCCAAACACAGGCAGACAGACAGAUAGACAGACAGACACACACACACACACACACACACACACACACACACACACACACACACACUAUAGUAAAUUGAUUAAAGCUUUUUUUAAAGUCUGUUUUCCAAGAAAAAAAAUCUGACUAGAGACAUACACUACAUUUUCUUUUCAUAAUCUGUAACAAGGCACUCCAGAACAUGGUAAACUACAACAUAUUUUCAUGUUGUCCAAAAUUUAAGACAUCACAUUUUGAUCUCCAUGGAAUAAUCAUUUCUCCAAUGUCAUAAAUCUAUUCUGAGAAAACUUAUAUACUAAGGAUAUUUCAACACUUUUUCUUGUAAAGAUAUAAGAAGAGCAACACAUUCUUUUGUAGUAGAUACUACUUAUAGAAAUGAUAAAAACUAAAGAGAGAAUCAUAGUAAUUAAAAAAGACACACCUGAGGUGAUAAAAGGGAACUGAAGGUUCCAGGGGAGAAAAGUCUGGCAAACUACCACACAGUUAUGAUUAAAGCCAGCCCACAACCUCUUUACAUAUGGCCUGAGAGCUCAGGAUGGAUUUUUAUUUAUUUAUUACAAUUUUAAAAUAUUAAACAAUUAAAGAAGAAAAUUCUACAGUAGUUUAUCUAAUACACAUUGUUCACACCUUUAUAUAGAAGGCCAAGUCCUGCAGUAGGGAAAUCUGAGGUCAUUGUACCAUGAUGGGAAGGUCACUGACUCUCAAUGUUUGGAUGUCACCAAACAUAUUAUCAGAACUGCUACUGAAUUAUUAUAAUUGCUUUGUUUCUGGCUUAAGAUGUAUAUAGAGAAGAGGAAAAUACAGAGAAGAGGAAAGAAAGCAAUCAUACCUUAACUCCUUAUAUUGCCCUCAUUUUAUAAAACUGAUGUUAAUUGUCAGCUCAGUAAUAGAACCUAUAUGGCUGGGUCCCCUAAUCUCAGGAUAGAGGCAACAAUUUUAUAAAUAGGUUAAAUUCUCAGAACCUUAUUGUUACUAUAAAACCAGCACCAGUGAAAUUGACUCUUCAAAUACUUUUCAGUAUUUAGUUUUUUUAAGUAAUACAGUGGAGGCAUGUUUUCUUUACUUUUGGUGACUUGACUGAUAAAGUCCAAGCCAUGACUUUAGAAUAUUUACAUUAUUAAUAUAAAAUUUGCAAGUAAAAGUUUCAUCUUAAAACAAUACAGAAAUGAUUUUGCUAUGUUAUUUUAGGAUUUUACAAAUAAUUUACAUUUAGGAAAAAGGUAUUUUUUUAGCUAUAAAUAAUGGUUGCUUCAACUAUGUGUAUAAGUAGAUCUAACUGUAUAUAUGCAAGGAAACCCCAAAUAUUGUACAUUUUCAUAAUUUAAUGUGAGUUUCAUAAACAGCAAAAUUUCACCAAGAAAAUAAACAUUUUGUUCCUA